AUGCCACGGAGACCGCGAAGAACCCGGGAACGUAGGCGGCGUCUCUCUGAAACGUCAAAACAGGCGGAUAUUGAGUUUAAAGAGCGCGAGAUCGCCGAUUAUCAGAACAGCUGCUUUCAAGGCUCCGCGGUUGUUCGGCUUUCUGAUUUAUCGACAGGGCAGGGCUGGUGGAAUUUGACCAACGACGGGCAAAAUGUCGCUCGGAUGACAAAAAUCCUAAAUAUACAAGGCUGUUUACGUUUGAGCCGAGAAUACCACGUUCCGGUUGUAGUAGAUUACCAGGACUGGUAUUCACAGGUUUACUUCGAAGAGCCUACGUUGGUGUCUGGCCUAGGCCUCCCUCAAUUAAGAACUAGUCGAGACUACUCAUUCUUUGCAUUGGACCACAAAAGCCUCAUCACUGCGGCUCGAGAGAAGUUCAAGAGAAUGGGCGUUGAUGAACCUUGGUGGGUGAUCGACAUAUAUGUCGCCGACACCAACGCCGACAUCGCUCUAAAAGAUGAACUUGUACGUACUCUUCAAGAAAGCUUUUCAAACGAAUAUAGGCCUCCAGAUGGUACUAUCUACAGAAAUAUUCGUUUUUAUCAAGGGGUUUUCACUGGCGUCUGCAAUCAAGUGGCAGAGGAUUAUUGGUGGGCCGUUUUGGAUUCUGAGCCCGGAAGUCGAAAGGGAGACUAUCUGCGGGCACUUCAUAGAGACCUCAGAGAUUCUUUCGACUCUCUGCUGCCGAUAACUGGUAUUUGGACUGGCUUGAAUAUUGGGGUGCUGCACAAAAUUAAAGCUAUGAAAUGUGAUGAACCAAUUAUUUGCUAUUUAGAGCACAUACGACAAACAUUUUCAAACCUUGUAGACGGAGAUUUAGACCUUCUGUCGCAUAUUGAUGCGUCUACCGUGAGGCUCAUUAGAUCCCGGGCGCCAAAGGUUUCUGCGCAAGAUUUGAGCGAACUUGAAGACGAAUGGAAUAAAGGAACUUUAUUUUCUUCCAUUGAAGAUCAUCAACGUGGUAUAAUCUGGGAAAGGUUAAAAAACAUAGACUUGCCUAUUCCUACACUCGAAACCUUCUUCCAGGACAUUUUGUACCUGGAGGUUGGUCAAACAGUCAUGAAACAUUUAUGUCUCUCCCCACCCAAAGGAGAUACCACUAUCGACAAAGUUCUGAGAAGCCAAUAUACCGAGUAUUCGAUUGCUCCGGUAUCAGCAGCUUACCAGGAACGAACAACCCUACCUGAAAAGCUUUGUGAUCUGUGGAGAUUUAGUCUCCAAAAUGGGUUUGAGCUAACUAGCAAACGGCACCACUAUCGCCGCGUCCCACGAAAACAAAAAGAUAAAUCACGGGCAUAUCAACUUGGUCUCAUUGAAAUACCAACUCGCGAUCCGUUGCUUCUGCUACAACAUUUUCUAUCUCUAGCCCAAUCCUACGGGUUUGAAGUCCCUACAGGUGAAGGUAAUCACUUCACUCCACCUGAUCUUCCCCAACCCUUGCCGUGCGACUUCCCUCCCGGUGACGAUGACGUAGAUAUUGAACGAAGAUGUGGCAAACCAUUUACGGACUCUAUAAACGCCGAUUUAUUUGCAUUGUCAAGAGAAUCACUGAGAAGUGCCUGGAUGGAUGAGCGGGUUAGCGCAGGCUUCGUUCGGCGAUGUGUCUUCCGAGCAUUUUUCUCAUACCUUAACACUACGGCUACAAGCAGCCCAAUUCAAGACUUGGUAGAGCUAAUCGAAGACCAGAACGGCAGUAUUAUUCAAGGGACUGAUAGUUUGGUGGCAUCCGGCAACUUGGGGCUUGCAAAUUCUUUUUCACAUGAGACAGGCAAUUUUGAAGUCCUUCCAACUCCG